AUGUGCGCAAAUAUCGUCCCCACCUGGUUGAGCUUCAUCGACAUCAUCAACAACUUCGCCAUCUUCAACAACAUCAAGAACAAUCACAAAAACAACACCAGUAGCAGCCAAUCAACAGCCACAACAGCAGCAACAGCGACAGCAGCAGAAGCAACAACAACAUCAGCAUCGACAGCAGAAACAUCGGCAUCGGCACCAACAACAACAACGUCAACACCAACAUCACCAGCGGCAGCGGCAACUGUAGCACCAACAGCUCCCGCAACAACAGCAACAACAGCGACAACAUCAACAUCAACAACAGCAGCAACGGCAACAGCAUCAGCCGGCACCUGCAGCAACAACAUCAACACCAACAUCACCAGCGGCUGCGACAACUGCAGCACAAAUAGCUCCCGCAACAACAACGCCAACAACGACAACAUUAACAACAGCAGCAGCGGCAACAACAGCAGCAGCGUCAGCACCAGCAGCGUCAACCACACCAGCAGCAGCAAUCAACAUCAUCAUCGGCAGCAACUUCAACAGAAGCAUCAGCAACAAGCAAUCGACAACAACAACAACAAUCAACAGCUUUACACACACUAA